UAUAACUGUCUCCUCAACGUUGUAACACGAGUGAGAUACAAAGAAACAUUGCCAGUGUACAACUAUAUUUUGUGCCUUUUCAUUCAAAACUCAAACUUAGUGAACUGCAGAACGAAAACACAAGCAUGGCUGAUUACCUGAUCAGUGGAGGUGCGGGCUAUGUUCCAGAUGAUGGUCUCUCAGCACAGCAGCUCUUUUCUGUGGGUGAUGGCCUCACUUACAAAUCAGAUCAGCAGUCUGUCGCAGACGGACUCGAGGCGGAAGCGCUAUGCUCUAGUGGGGACGGUAUUACUUACAAUGACUUUCUCAUUCUUCCUGGAUUCAUUGACUUCGGUGCUGAUGAUGUGGACCUUACAUCUGCUUUGACAAAAAAAAUAUCUUUGAAGACGCCUCUCGUCUCCUCCCCAAUGGACACCGUUACUGAAUCUUCGAUGGCCAUAGCCAUGGCGCUUAUGGGGGGCAUCGGCAUCAUCCAUCACAAUUGCACCCCAGAAUUCCAGGCUAAUGAAGUUCGCAAAGUGAAGAGGUUUGAGCAAGGCUUUAUCACAGACCCGCUGGUUAUGAGUCCCAGUCACACGGUGGGUGACGUCAUUGAGGCAAAGGUGCGGCAUGGCUUCUCUGGCAUCCCGGUCACGGAGACAGGGAAGAUGGGCGGCAUACUGGUGGGCAUUGUUACAUCACGAGACAUUGAUUUCCUGUUGGAAAAGGACCACGGCAGGCCUUUGUCUGAGGUAAUGACCAAGAGAGAGGAACUUGUCGUGGCUCCAGCCGGAGUCACUUUGAAGGAGGCAAAUGACAUUCUUCAGAGGAGUAAAAAAGGCAAGCUUCCCAUAGUGAACGACAAGGAUGAACUGGUGGCCAUCAUCGCUCGCACAGACUUGAAAAAGAACCGGGAUUACCCUCUGGCCUCCAAAGACGCUCGCAAACAGCUUCUGUGCGGAGCUGCCAUCGGCACUCGUGAGGAUGACAAGUACCGCCUAGACUUGCUUACACAAGCAGGGGUGGAUAUGGUUGUGUUGGAUUCCUCCCAAGGCAACUCUGUGUAUCAGAUCAAUAUGAUCCAUUACAUCAAGCAGAAAUAUCCAGAGCUCCAAGUUGCCGGGGGGAACGUGGUGACUGCUGCCCAGGCGAAAAACCUCAUUGAUGCUGGAGUGGACGCCCUGCGAGUGGGAAUGGGAUGCGGAUCCAUCUGCAUAACGCAAGAAGUCAUGGCGUGUGGUCGGCCCCAGGGCACAUCUGUUUACAAGGUGGCUGAAUAUGCCAGACGUUUCGGUGUGCCCAUUAUGGCUGAUGGUGGCAUCCAGACUGUGGGGCACAUAGUGAAAGCUCUUUCCUUGGGUGCAUCGACAGUGAUGAUGGGCUCUUUGCUGGCCGCCACAACUGAAGCCCCUGGAGAGUACUUCUUCUCCGACGGCGUCCGACUGAAGAAGUAUCGCGGAAUGGGCUCUCUGGACGCCAUGGAGAAGAGCACUAGCAGUCAGAAGCGCUACUUCAGUGAGGGAGACAAUGUGAAGGUGGCCCAGGGCGUGUCGGGCUGUGUGCAGGACAAAGGCUCCAUCCACAAAUUCAUUCCUUAUCUGAUCGCUGGCAUUAAACACGGCUGUCAGGACAUCGGAGCAAAAAGCCUCUGUGUGUUGCGGUCUAUGAUGUACUCUGGCGAACUGAAGUUUGAGAAAAGAACCAUGUCGGCCCAAGUGGAGGGAGGAGUACACGGUCUUCACUCUUACGAGAAACGACUCUACUGAGCGCGGCCUGAAGAGGUGUGCAAGACCGGUGGCUGACGUCCCCACUGCAGCAGUGACCAAACGCAAGCGGUGCAUCUGACGACCUCAUUUUGUUUUCCUCAGAACUGUCCACAGCACCCCCGCCCCCUAUCUCUUCACACAGACACACACACACACGCGCACACACACACACCAAAGGAAAACUUGGGCUUUUUGCGUUACACAUGGAGCAACAGGGUUUACACAUGUCCCAGUGAUCUCUUUGUCUUUGUUAAUGUGUGGAGGUUCCAGUAGGUUCACGAGCUGAAUGUCGGUAUUGUGAUCAGGGCUCUCUGGUGCUUUGCAAAGUGAUUGUAGCAAAGAAUCGUCUAAUAGAGUAAGAUGCCCCAAACCUCGCCAACCCAAUGCAAAGGAGUGUGCCCAAGUUCGGUCUCCUAAGGGGCCGUUGUCCCCUCCUCCUUCUUCUCUUUCUCUGGCAAUUGGUGACUGCUUGCAUAAGAUGCGAGCUACUGCCAUCUACAGUGCCAAGGGAACUCUAUUUAUUCUCUCCUAAAGGUCUCCUAACCGAAGAUCUCCUAAAGGAGCGUCACAUGGAUCCAGGAAAAGUAUGGGCUUGACGUAUCUUACUCUACUAGGAGAAUCUUUGUUUCUAGUCUUUUGAAGUACCCACUCAAGAUGGUCCGCGCUUACCAGCAGUUCAGUAUUGCAUUUCCAACAAACAUUCCACUGACAAGUCAACUUCUCCUAAAGGAGGACUGUACGUACUGGGUAUCAUGAUUAAUGAAGUAGUGUUUCACCACCAGGAUUUGUCUUAGCCUUAUGGUGUUUUGCUCACCAUGCUAGUCAUCACACAGGUCAAAGGUGUCCACAUGUUUACGUUUGUAAUGGCACACCCACCAAAAGACUUACUCAGUGACUGAAUAUCGAAUUGCUUUAAUCUUGGUUUUAUUAGGAUGAUUUUCAUUCUAAUUUCGUCAAGUGACAAUCAAGAAUCUACUGUUUUUUAUGAAGGAUAUGUGAAGAGGCCACGGUUGCAUGAGUACUUUUCAAAUAGCCCAAUCAUGGCUUUGUACCCCCACGUUUUCUAUUAACCUCCCACUCCUUAUUCAUGUAUGUAUUUAUCAUGCUUUUCAGGCCGUAUCCGAGACUGCCUGGAGCCAUUCGCUUGCCAUUCACAUUCAGUUGCUUCACAUGCAAAUUGCGCAUUUCUGUUGUCUUUCUUUCUUGACUGAAAUGAUUGGGAUACCAAAAAAAGUGCAUUUUUAAAAUAUAAAACAUAAAACAUGCAGAUUGAAGAGAUUGUGCAUGUGCUAUCCCGACAGGCUUAAACACGUCCAGUAUGUGCUUAAUGCUAUGUAUUGCCAAUAAUUUUGUUAUUUUUUUAAUUAUUAAGUGGGGUUCUUUUGAAAGCAAUGGAAUUGUUUUCACCUUCCGUAUAUCUUACACCUUGGUGUCUCAUGCAUUGUAAAAAUGCAGGUUGUUGCAGCAAACGUUACCUCGUCCCCUGACGUGCAGCGGUGAGACGCUGUUGUACCUCAUUGUUCAUGUAUGUGACGUCUGAAGAUAAUGCCAUUUUUUUUUCUUCUAGAAAUGUUUGCAUUUGGAGUUUACAACAUUGUCGCAUUAUUUUGGCAAGUCAUGUGAAUAUUCAAAUUGCUUUGCUUAUCCUGUCUGAUAUUGUUGUAAAAUAAAUGCAAUUAAAAUAAUAAAAAAAUGAUAUUGGCAGUUGUUACACAA